AUGCCCAUUUGUUCUUCCUUCCACUGUCUGCUAUCAGGGAACAGUGAAGAUGUCUCUUUAUUCAUUGAUAUCAGUCUACAGCAGCUCAUGAUGGAAGGAAAAAGAGAGCCCUUCAAGGACAACAACAGAAUUGUCUCCAAGAAAGAAGACAAGAAGAUGGGUUCAUAUCCUACAGGAGAGCCCCCGUCCAAAAGAGAAGACUGCAAGAAGGAAGACAAGAAGAGGGUUCUCCUGAUUCCUCCAGAAGGUCCAGAUGGUCAGAUCCCUGUGCCUGUCAGCUCUUCAGGACCUAUUGUUAAUGACUGUUGGGGAGAAGACCUAUGCCGGACCAUGCUGACGCUAGAUAUGCAUACUGAGCAAGAGUACGCCAUCGACAUCUUCUCUAGUAUGAUGAAGCAACAGUCCAAGCAUGCCCUCCGGGCAGCCGACAUCCCCAAAGCUGUGACCACAGAAAUGAGGACAAUGCUGGUGGACUGGGUGGUCCAAGUUCAUGAAUAUCUGGGCCUGCAGGAGGAGACGCUCUAUCUGGCCGUGUACUUAAUGAAUUCCUACAUGAAAGUUCACAAAAUCCGAAUAUCCCUUCUCCAGUUACUCGCAGCCAGCUGCCUUUUCAUUGCCUGCAAGAUUGAGGAGAGCCUUAUUCCUGAGCCGGCAGAGCUUUGUUUCAUGAUGGAAGAUGCCUUCAGCAAGAAAGAGCUUCUGAAAAUGGAGAAGAAGGUUCUCCACCGCCUCAGCUUUGAGCUGCACUACAUACAACCCCUGCAUUUCCUGCGCCUCCUCUCCGUUACCGGGAAGUGUCCUGAAAAUGUUGAGUACCUCGCCAUGUACUUCAUGGAGCUAACUCUACUGGAGGCUGAUGGAGCAAUGGUUGAGCCGGCCCUUUUGGCAUCUGCCGCAUUGUCGUUGGCACAGAUGGUAUCCCAGGAGUCUGGAACGUUGAGUCUUGAUCAGAUGGGGCAAGGGCCACUCUACUCCUACAGUGAUGUAGACUUGAGCCUUCCUCAACAACUCAUGGGAAGAGCAGCCCUCCGUGCCAGCUCCAAGUCCAUCUGGCAGAAAUAUUCCCGUCCUCAGAGACACGGGGUAAGCACAGGACCUGCCAUGGCCAACUCCAAACACCUUGCCCGCUGCAUAGGAAUGUACUGCCCCAAUUCCUGA